GGGAAAGCUCCCUCCCACUUCCGCUUUCCGGCCCCGCCUCUCCCUCCCCCUCCUCUCCCCCCCCCCCGCUGGGUCCUAGCGCCUGCCCCUCCCUGGCAGUGUCCGGGCUCCGUCGGUCAGAGCAGCUGCCGCAGACGCCACGGAGCCAGCCCAAGUUCGCUGAGUUCUGGAGGCUGGGAAGUCCAAGAUCAAGAUGCUGGCCAAUUCAGUUCCUGAGAAGCUCCGCCCUCUGAGGCCAUGGAGGUGGAGUCUACGGAGGCCCGGUCAUCCUCCGCCCUCGGCUACAAGCGAUCCGGCCGUCGCUACAAGUGCCUGUCCUGUACUAAGACAUUUCCAAAUGCGCCCAGGGCAGCGCGUCACGCUGCCACCCAUGGUCCUGUAGACUACACAGAGGAGGUGGCGGAAACGAAGCUGAAGCCGGAGACAGAACCCAAAGCAGAGGAUGCCAGCGGGGACAAGGUGUCAAGUGCAUCGGCAAAGCCUCGGCCUUAUGCAUGCCCGCUGUGCCCCAAGGCCUAUAAAACGGCACCUGAGUUGCGCAGUCACGGUCGCAGCCACACUGGUGAAAAGCCCUUCCCUUGCCCCGAGUGUGGCCGCCGCUUUAUGCAGCCAGUGUGCCUGCGUGUGCACCUGGCCUCACAUGCUGGCGAGCUGCCCUUCCGCUGUGCUCACUGCCCCAAGGCCUAUGGCGCGCUCUCCAAGCUCAAGAUUCACCAGCGUGGUCACACGGGCGAGAGGCCGUAUGCUUGCUCCGAUUGCGGCAAGAGCUUCGCCGACCCUUCCGUGUUCCGCAAGCACCGGCGCACCCACGCGGGCCUGCGGCCCUACGGCUGCGAGCGCUGCGGCAAGGCCUACGCUGAGCUCAAGGACCUACGCAACCAUGAGCGGUCCCACACCGGUGAGCGCCCCUUCCUCUGCUCGGAGUGUGGGAAGAGCUUCUCCCGCUCGUCCUCGCUCACGUGCCACCAGCGGAUCCAUGCGGCACAGAAGCCCUAUCGCUGCCCAGCCUGUGGCAAGGGCUUCACGCAGCUCAGCUCCUACCAGAGCCAUGAGCGCACUCACUCGGGCGAGAAGCCCUUCCUGUGCCCACGUUGUGGCCGCAUGUUCUCCGACCCCUCAAGCUUCCGGCGCCACCAGCGGGCGCACGAGGGGGUAAAGCCUUAUCGCUGCGAGAAGUGCGGCAAAGACUUUCGGCAGCCCGCAGACCUGGCCAUGCACAGGCGGGUGCACACAGGCGACCGGCCGUUCAAGUGCCUGCAGUGUGACAAGACGUUCGUGGCGUCUUGGGACCUCAAGCGCCAUGCGUUGGUCCACUCAGGCCAACGGCCCUUUCGCUGUGAGGAGUGUGGGCGAGCCUUCGCGGAGAGAGCCAGCCUUACUAAGCACAGCCGGGUGCACUCAGGUGAGCGCCCCUUCCACUGUAACGCCUGUGGAAAAUCCUUCGUGGUAUCGUCCAGCCUGAGGAAGCAUGAGCGGACCCAUCGGAGUAGUGAGGCCGCAGGGGCUCCCCCUCAACAGGAGCUGGUAGUAGGGCUGGCACUGCCUGUCAGUGUGUCAGGCGAGGGCUCAACGGCCCCGGCAGCAGGUGCAGGGCUAGGGGACCCUCCAGCAGGGCUGCUAGGGCUGCCCCCCGAAUCAGGUGGUGUGAUGGCCACCCAGUGGCAAGUGGUAGGCAUGACGGUGGAACAUGUGGAGUGCCAAGAUGCUGGGGUUGGGGAGGCUCCUGGUCCCUUGGCAGGGGCGGGCGAGGUGGGAGGUGAGGAAGUUGACGAGAAGCCACCGCAGUUUGUGUGCCGGGAGUGUAAGGAGACGUUCUCCACGCUGACGCUGCUGCGACGGCAUGAGCGCUCACACCCAGAGCUCCGGCCCUUUCCCUGCACCCAGUGUGGCAAGAGCUUCUCUGACCGGGCUGGGCUGCGCAAACACAGCCGCACCCACAGCUCUGUGCGCCCCUACUCCUGCCCCCACUGCCCCAAGGCCUUCUUGAGUGCCAGCGACCUGCGCAAGCAUGAGCGUACCCACCCCGUUCCCAUCGGGACCCCCACGCCCCUCGAGCCCCUUGUGGCUUUGCUAGGAAUGCCUGAAGAGGGACCAGCGUGAAGCCCAUGCCCCUCCACCUCACUCCCAGGAGCCCAGGCCUCACGGGGUGCGUCCUGCCCCGGCUCACUCUUUAGACUCCAGAUCCCUGCCCCACCCCCGGGCAGCUAGCUCUCCUUGCCAACAAAGAGCUGGGGACGAUGGAGGUGGGCAGCAGCUAUUGAGAGAUGUGUCUCUCUCUGAGUAACACUCAUUAAAGCAUUCACUUUGA